AUGCCUAGUCGGAGGUCGGGUCGCGCGGCGGCCAAGAAGGCUGCUGCCGCUCUUGGGAGCACGCCCAAGGGCUAUGCCGACAUCGAAGACGAGCCUAUGCCCGACGUCGACGCGGGCGCGGGCGCAAACACUGCCGAUGAAAAAGACGAGGAUGUCGACGAGAACGAGGCCAGGGAAGACGAGUCUGGCGACGACGGAGAAGGCGCCGACAACGAUGGUGACGGCGGCGACGGCGACGGCGACGAGGAAGAAGAGAACGAGGAAUCAGAGGCCUCGGCCAAGGAGCCGACGCCGCCUCCGCAGCCCGUGAUCCGCCGAAAGCGCCUGGGGCGCCCGCCCAAGAACCGGAGGAAGCCGACACGCCGCGCCGGAGAGGUGAUCGAUGCCGAGGGAACCGUUGCCGACAUUGUCGACGACGAGUGCGUGCUCCCCGAGGACCCCGAAGGCGAGACCAAGGUGGACAAGAUGGGCAACCUCAAGGGCGGGCGCGAGUACCGCUGCCGGACGUUCAAGGUGCUGGGCCGAGGCAACCGUCUCUACAUGCUGUCGACGGAGCCGGCGCGAUGCGUCGGCUUCAGGGACAGCUACCUCUUCUUCACCAAGCACCGCAAGCUGUACAAGAUCAUUGUGGACGACGAGGAGAAGCGCGACAUGAUUGAGCGGGACAUCAUCCCCCACUCGUACAAGGGCCGGUCAAUAGGCAUCGUCACGGCCCGGUCCGUGUUCCGGGAGUUUGGAUCCAGAAUCGUCGUGGGCGGCAAGCGCAUCAUUGACGACUACAACGUGGCUCAGGCUCGCGCCGAGGGCGCGGUCGAGGGAGAGCUGGCGGACCCGGAGGAUCGCUACGUGGUGGGGGAGCCGUACAACAAGAACCAGUACGUUGCGUGGCACGGCGCCAGCUCAGUAUAUCAUACGAACGCCCCUUCGGUGCCGGUGCCCACGGGCAAGGUCGAGUCCAAGAAGCGCAAGGUCAAUGUCAAUGACACCAACUGGAUGCUGGAGCAUGCGCGAGAAGCCAGUGCUUUCAACGCGGGCAUCAAUGCUAUUAGGAAACUGAACAACAACGGCGUCUACGACAUUCACACAAACAUCAUGCAGUAUCCGGCCGCCAUGCAGCCGACACUGGCGCGCAUCGAGCAGGUGGCGCCACAGGACGAAGAGGCCACCAGAGGCGAUGCCAAGUUUCCCCCGGUUCCUCUCAAGAUGGCCAGGAACUUUUUCGUCACCGACACCUACUUUGAGACGCCAGCAGCAGGCGGCGCGCUCGCGGCAAGCAAGAGGUCGGAUCCGGCAGACUUUGUCGCGCAGUUCAACGGGCUGAGCGCCGUGUCGGACGAGAUUAAGGCUCUGCUACCUCCGGAAUGCCGCGAGGCUUUCGACAAGGCGCUGCAGAGGGAGGAGGACUGGAGAUCACGCUGGGGUCCUGAAGCAACACACAUGUCGCGGAGGGAUCCCAUCAUUGACAAGGCCAUUGUUCCAUACAAUAUGACUGGAUGAU